AUGCAGAAAUCUCUGGUAAACAAAUAUGAAGUUGUGAACUCUGAAUUCCCAAGCAUUUUUGAUAUAAAUGAUCAAGCUGCUCUGUACUUUCAAGGUUGUGCAGCGAAUUUAGACUGGUGUGCCGGACUUGGCAGUUUCUUGUUAGCGGGACAUAUAAAAAAGGGAAUGAGACGUAGACGACGUUCUGAUUCUGAAGAUGAAGAUGACCUCAGGGCAAAAAGAGACAAAACGGAGCAGGAUACUAUCGAAUCUCUCAUUUAUCGAAUUGGAUUUAAGGACCUUUCCAACAUUGAGAGAGAUAUUGGUGAACUCGCGACAGUCAUUUUGACUGAUGUUCCUAAAAAUGGAGAAAAACUCUUAAAGUCUUGUGCAAUUGCGUGA